AUGUAUAUCUCAAGAAUACUCCCCACUUCUACCCCUCUAGAUUUGUCCACUUGUGCCCUCAGCCUCGUACUCUCGCUCCUGCUGGGCACUGUGAACACAGUGGCAGGCCACACGUUGUUCACAAACCUCUUUAUUGACGGCAUCGACGAAGGCGACGGCACCUGCGUACGCAUGCCGAUGACACCGCAUAAUGCUACAUUUCCGAUUGAUGAUCUCGAAAGUACAGACAUGGCAUGUGGGUACAACGGCAUGAACGGCGUCGCACGAGUCUGUCCCGUCCCAGCAUCCUCAAACCUAACAUUCCAGUUCCGCGAAUACCCAGACAACUCCCAACCCGGUGCCAUAGAAUCUUCCCACCUCGGGCCAUGCGCAGUCUACAUGAAGCACGUCGACUCAGCAAUCAAAGACCCAGCCGCAGGUGACGGCUGGUUCAAGGUCGCUUCUAUGGGCUACGAUCCCGAAAGCAAGAAAUGGUGUACACAGCAACUUGCCGAGAAGAACGGAAUCCUCGAUCUUGGUGUGAAGAUUCCGGAGAUGUUGGCGGGUGGGUAUUAUCUCGUUCGACCCGAGUUGUUGAGUUUACAUGAUGCGGACAAGGAUCCGUCAAAUCCACAGUUCUAUGCUGGAUGUGCUCAGAUCUUCGUCGCCUCAGAGGGCACCACGCUUCCAAAAGUUACGGUUAAGAUCCCGGGAUAUGUUGGGAUAAAAGACAAGUCUGUGCUGUUCGAUAUUUAUAAUCCCGUCUGGCCGUAUAUUGAGCCUGGACCAGAGGUUUACAAACCAGGACAGAGUCCAGGGAAGACGGUUAAGCUGCUGCAGAGACAGGAUGAGGGGUUAUUACCCGGGAAUGCGAGGAUCGUGAAUGCGAAUUGGUGGGGGGUUGAGCUUGAUCCGUACGGUGAUGAGGAUGGAUGUUGGAAUGCAAGCACAGCGUGUUUUUCACAAGCCGAUACAUGUUACAAGAGCGCUCCUCCAACUGGUUCAAAGAAUUGCAGGGUUUGGGAAAGCAGGUGUAGUGGUAUUCAAGGAGCGUGCAAGGAGCAUAUCUUUACUGGUCCACCGAGUUUCUCGUACCCGCCGAAUUUGCUGCCUCCUACGACUCUGAGCAGUACUGAAUCAGGGAAGUUAGAGACGACUUCGUUGACCAAGAGUCUUACCACGAUGUAUGUAGUUUCUUCAACGACAAGUCUCCCGACUUUGAGUAUUUCGAAAACGAUCUCCCCAACGCAUGAAGCAUAUCAACACCCAAAUUCAGAGUGCACGGCCAAAGCUCCAGCUCCUGUUCUUUCAGUAGCUUCUAGUAAGACUACCGUGAGCAUCAAGUCACCACCAUCACCAAAUCCAGGAGAUUUUACAUCCACGAGAACAAUUGUGAUUACCUCAACCGUCACUCACUCCUCCACUGAAUCCAGCGCUGGUGUUGUUGCUACCCAAAGUAUGGAGGCCUCAUCAACAUCUGUAGCUAUUUCUCAUUCAAGAUCUAUAGUAGCCUGCGCGCAAAAUGCAGGCUGUCUUAUUGCUGGUCUUGAUGACUCACUGCCAGCCUUUAAGAUCUUGCACGAGUCAAUAUCCCCGGUUUCCAAUGCCAGGCCUCAAAGGUCUGUCUCUGAUUCUUCUGAUCCUUCUUACAAUACAUCUGGUGAAGGCAGUUCACCUGAAGCCUUAUCCCCGUUCUCAAAUUCUGCUACCACGACACGUCCUAGCCCAAUCAUCGCAUCAGUACUUCCUACAUCUUGCUCCACCACCAGUUCGAGCACGCCGACAGAGACAGUCAUAUCUAUUGAAAUCAUACCUUCUCACCACAGGUCUUCUGAUACGUCACAAGCUAUCACCAUUUCUAAUACGGAGGCUUUGGUAGGGAACAGGAGCGGGAAUCCGGGUGAGAGAGUUGUGAGAUCGGGAGUGAUAUGGAGAGCAUAGAGUAGGUAAUUGUGCGUACACAACAUUGAGAGUGAGGCGUGAUAAUGUGCUGAGCUGGAACUCACUCACUGUCAAGUCAGGUAAUGUAGAAAUCAACAAGGUUCCCGGAGCAUUGAUGAAAUUAUGGAUGGAAGCUAUCAUGCUCGGCGAGGCUCAAUGUUGAUUUUACAUUUCCUGGAGCUACUGGUGCG